AUGUAUUUACAAUUUAUAGAUUAAAAUUAAGGAGUAUAGAAAUCAAUUUAUAAUCAUGAAACAUGCUUAGCAAUUGCAAUUAAAAAUGAUAACUCAAUGUUGCUUACUGGAUGGGAUAAUAAAGUUCUUGUUCAUAUUUUUAAAUAAGGGAAAUUAAAAUAAUUAAAAUUCUUGCAUCAACAUUAAGCUAAAAUAUCUACGCUCAAUUUUUGUUCUAAAAGUUCAAAUAUUAUAUCUGGCUCACUUGAUGGUUCAAUAAUCAUUUAAUCAAUCUCAUUAAUAUCAAAAUCAAAAUGGAUUUAAAAAUUAAAGGGUCAUGUUGACAUUAUUUGUUUAGCCAUAAGUCCACUAUCUGAAGACUUGAUAGUUUCAGGCAGUCGAGAUAACAGCAUCAAAUUUUGGUAAUGUAUUAACAAACAGUUUUCAUGUUCUUAAACUAUCUUAGACCAUAACAAUUGCGUAUGUGGAUUAUCAAUUAAUGAAUUAGAAGACACAGUUAUUUCUUGUAGUUUAGAUUAAUUGAUUAUAAUUUUUGAAUAAGUUAAAAACAAUAAAUAUGGAAAUUGGGUUGUGAAACAAAAAAUAUUAGUUGAUUAAUUUGGUUAUUGUAUAAGCUUUAUUAAUAAAAAUAUAUUUGUAUUUUAGCCUUAAUUGAUUAAUGAUUCAAAAUUAAUUAUUUACACUCUUAAUGAUUAGAAAUUAUUUAUAAAGAGUAGCCAACUUUCAAUUAAUGAUGGAGGAAUAUUAUACUUUAAUUAUUUUCCUUUAUUAUAUAAUAUCAAAAAAAAUAUCCUUAUUUAUAAAAUAAAUAAUAAUGUCAAUGUCAUAAGAGUAAUAAAAUAAGAUAAGGAAGAGGAAUUUGUUGAAUUUAGGUUAGAAUAGAUAAUAGAAUUCGAAGAUUACUAAAUUUUUGGUACUUUAAGUAAUGAUGGGGAAUAUUUAGUGACUUGGAACGAAAUUUCCAAAUAAAUUUAGAUAAGAAAAUACUAACAGAUUGGAUGA